AACAAGAUCAAUCGAUUUAAAUCGCGCAUCGUUUGUUUCUUAUAUAUUAUAUUAUUUUAUUUAUAUUUUAUUAAUAGAUUUGUACUAUGAAUUCAAUAUAAAACACAUUUAUUUUUUCUAAUUGUAGUAUUUCGGUUUUCGAAAUGAAAAUACAAAUAGUGUCUUCAUUCAUCGUCACUUUCCUGACGUCAUUUUGCAUGGUCAUGACUUAUUCAAAUUAUCUGAGAGAUUCAUCAGACGGUAUUCGAAUUGGUUUGAUUAUGGACAAAAAUGUCGCUGAGAUGUCAAUCAUUUUUGAAAGUUCAAUAGCAAGGGCAAAUCUUGAACUUAAUACUCCUCUUCUAGCCACCCAAGCUGAGGUGGGUUUUGGAAAUGCAUUCGAAGCAUCCCAAAAACUAUGCGAUAUGAUGCAGGAUGGAAUUGGCGGAGUUUUCGGAACAACAGCAAAAAGCUCCGCUUUGCAUAUGAUGAGCGUGUGCGAUUCAAAGGAAGUUCCAUACCUUUACUCGCACAAGGAGUUUGAUCCAAACAAACCUGUUAUCAAUUUACACCCUCUACCAAACGACAUGGCUAAAUGUUUAUACGAUCUUAUAAAAGUCUAUGAAUGGAAGAGUUUUACGUUUCUUUAUGAAUCAGGAGAAUAUCUUCCAAUAUUAAAUGAGUUAAUGGAGUUGUAUGCUACAGACGAAGGACCUUUUAUAUCAGUUCGUCGAUAUGGUUUGGAACCAAACGGGGAUUAUAGAGGUGUGCUACGGAAAAUUCGAAAGUCGCAGGAUAAUUUGAUCGUUUUAGUUGGUUCAAUGGACACCAUUCCAGAUCUUUUAACGCAGGCUCAACAAACUGGAAUGAUAACCGAAGACUACAAAUACAUAAUUGGUAAUCUAGAUCUGCAAACUCUCGAUUUGGAAGAAUUUAAAUAUAGUGAAGCGAACAUCACAGGUAUAAGAAUGUUUUCACCAGAUAACCCUGAAGUUAAACAACUUAUAACAGCUUUGGGAUAUCCAGAAGACGAUAAUGAAAGAAACAUUUCUUGUCCCAUAACAAUUGAAAUGGCAUUGCUUUAUGACGCAGUUAAACUUUUUGCUGAAGGUACCAAGUCAACAGCACUCAAAUCGGCUUCAAUGAAUUGUGGUGACAAAGAAGUUUUGGAUAAUGGUUUUACUUUCGCUAACUAUUUGGCUUUGAGUGAAGUUGAAGGAUUAACAGGAAAAAUACUUUUUAAUGGACGCAGGCGUGCAAAUUAUUCAUUUGAAAUUGUCGAAUUAACAGCAUCUGGCUUAGGAACUGUUGGUCACUGGCAUUCAUAUAAAGAGCUUAGCUUUAAUAGAUACGCUCCGUCUAAUGUCAUCUUGGAUACUGGAGAAUUGACAUUAGUAAACAAAACGUUCACAGUUCUUCUGGCAUUGAAUGCACCUUAUGCAAUGCUGAAGCAAUCAACCGAUAAAUUAAAUGGAAAUGAUCGCUAUGAAGGAUUUGGUGUCGAAUUAAUUCGGGAAUUGGCUGAAAAGCUGGGAUUUAAUUUUACUUUUAAAAUUCAUGGUGAUGAUAACUACGGAUUUUACGAUCCUAAAUCUAAUAUUUCAACAGGAAUGGUACACGAAAUAAUGGUGGGAAAUGCUGAUUUAGGUGUUACUGAUUUAACAAUUACAUCAGAGCGUGAAGCUGGAGUAGAUUUCACCAUUCCAUUUAUGAAUUUGGGAAUUUCAAUAUUAUACAAAAAACCCCGCAAAGAUCCACCAAAACUUUUCUCCUUCAUGGACCCAUUUUCAGGCGAAGUAUGGGUAUAUUUGGGAAUUGCUUAUUUUGGUGUAUCAUUAAGUUUAUUUAUUCUUGGGCGAAUAUCGCCUUAUGAGUGGGAAAACCCUUAUCCAUGUAUAGAGGAACCAACGGAAUUAGAAAACCAAUUGACUUUAGGAAAUUCACUUUGGUUUACAACGGGGUCAUUGUUGCAGCAAGGAUCGGAGAUUGCACCGAAGGCUUUGUCAACGAGACUAGUGGCUUGUGUAUUAUGGCUUUUCACAUUAAUUGUGGUUUCGUCUUAUACAGCAAAUUUGGCAGCUUGUUUAACAAUCGAAACACCAAUAAGCCUCAUUGAUGACGUUACUGAUUUGGCAUUGGAGAAGGGUGGUGUCAAAUAUGGAGCUAAAAGAAAGGGUAGCACAAGAAACUUUUUUCAGUACUCCGAAGAAGAAACUUAUAAGAAGAUGAACAAGUAUAUGACUAAAAACGCACAAUUCCUGACUAGUACCAAUGAUGAAGGAGUUGCAAAAGUUCUUUCUGAAAACUAUGCAUUUUUGAUGGAAUCAACAACAAUCGAAUACAAUGUUGCAAGGAAUUGUAAUCUUACACAAGUCGGAAAGUUAUUAGAUGAAAAAAGUUAUGGUGUGGCGAUGAGAAAGAAUUGGCCUUAUCGUGAUAAAUUAAAUAACGCUCUAUUGCAACUUCAAGAAUCUGGAGUUCUGUCGAAAAUGAAAUCAAAAUGGUGGAAUGAAGUGGGGACAGCUGGUUGUACAAAAAAGGAAACGAGUGAAGCAGCUAAAUUAGGGAUGCCCAAUGUUGGUGGAAUAUAUUUUGUCCUGCUGGUGGGAAGUCUCGUAGCGGCAGUGUGUAGUAUUGUUGAUUGGCUUUUCUUUGUUUUUAGAAAAGCACGGCGCCAUAGAGUUCCUUUUAAAGAUGCUCUCAAAGAGGAAUUCCAAGUUGUAAUAGAAUUCUCAAAUAAUACCAAAAUUGUUCUUAGCUCUGGUUCAAUAUAUUCAAGACAUUCUUCAUUUGCAAUUGAGGCAAGGGAGCUCGAAGAGAAACUAAAUAAAACGGAUGAAAUAUAAUUUGAACAUUAAGUUAAUUGAUAGAGUUUAAAAAAUAUUCAUGUGUAGUACAUUUAAUUAUUUUCAAGAUAAAAGAUUUUGUUUUAGAUAAUUAUGUGAAACAUAAAAAUCAAUUAAAACUAGUGUACAGCAAUAUUUAUUCCAUUCCUUUAAUAUCUUGCGAAAUAUAAUAAGAAUACAUUUUA